CCUGUGUUGUGUAUGGUGUGUAAGGACAAGCAAGCACCACCACCUGUGUUGUGUACGGUGUGUGAGGACAAGCACCUCCACCUGUGUUGUGUAUGAAAGGUAUGGCAGAUUACAGUAAUAUACAUGACUCCUGCGAUUUGGAGAUCUCUGAAUGUCCAGAGGCGCACCUUGAGACCACACAGGACUUAGAGCUGCUAGCUCAGGAGAUAGCAGAAGCUGCCGUAGAGGAGAGAAGAUCCUCCAACACUCCCUCUCCAACCCCAACACAACUGUCGCCAACACAGCCAGAAUGUGAAGAAGUAGAGGACAAGACCAAGGACGAAGAGGACCAAAGACUACAAGGUGGUGCCAGGGACAAGUCUGAUUUGGAUGAAGAGAAAGGCGAGAGAUCCAGAUCAGAGAGUCCGGUCGAUGAGGCAUCUUGGGUACUUGUAAGCGGCGAGGUUGAAAUUGAUAACGGCAGACUAAACGAAGAAGCCCGUCAAAGAAAACCCCCAGAAUGUAAAUGUAGCAUUUUUAGGAAGUUCUUGGCUCGAGGAGACUUGCGCCAGAAGCUUGCAGACAUCGGCCUGACGUGCGACACUCAAAGUGAGCAUGAUGUAGACAGCCUUCAUCACCAAGAUGUGUUCAGUGUGCAAGAUAUAGUUGUGUCGUGCUCUGAGUCUAUGGUCAUCUGCAACAUGCCUCAGCCCCAGGUUGUUGAGGAAGACGAGGAGGAGGAGGAGGAACAUAAGCCCCAGGUGUUCCUUAAGGACCUGCCAGACUGUCCCAAGCUGGGGGGCUGGAGCGGCACUUUCUCCGGCGCUCAGGUGAUGGUGGAGGUGGAGCUGCAAGGAGGGUUGGUGGUGGCUGGUGUCACAGUGAUGCACAGCGAUCUGCUCUCUGCCCUCGUCUCUCUACAGCAUCUUGUUACUUCUACAGGUUUAGUGUCCUACGCUGAUAUAGACGUUCCCAGCCUCCUGGCUCGUGCUGCAUAACUUGACCUCCACUAACUACCUCCAAAGUCUUCUUUCUAAAUAUGUGCCUUAACCGAAAAAGCUUACCAGUACUUGAAGCAUCCAACUUGUAAAAUGGGUGCGAAGUUCAGGAACAUCUUGGCAACCGAUUUCCCUCAAGUUAGCAAUUGAACUUCUGUUUUUAUUAUCAAAUUUUUCUUAAUCUUUUUAAUGGAUGUGUUUUCCAUAUACACUAGGUAACAGGUCCCUCAUUGUUAUCUGCCUCUUCCUUUUCUCUCUCGUGUUAUAUUUCUUUUCCUGUUGUCUCAGCAAUAAUUUCAUUUUGCUGUAUUUACAGACAAUUUGAUGAUAUUAUAAAGAUAUUAUUGGAUAAAAAAGAAAUUGCUCCUUUUUUUAAGAUAUGCAUAUACUGUAAUAUUAACAUAUUUUCUUUGUAAUUAGCAGCACCCAGUAUAGUACCAAUAUUUAAAUGUAUCAAUGCAAAGCUGUAUCAGCAUUAAAUUACAGCCAUAAUUAGUAAAGAAAUUAGCCUUUAUUACCACUAAGCAGUGCUUAAUGACCCACUUGUGUUAUGCAUUUUUAUGUAUCUUACAAUAAUAAUAUCACUUUUACCAGAUUUUCAUGUUAGCCUUAUGCAUACUCAUACACAUAUGCCUCUCUUAUCAUUAAAGAUUAUAGAGUCAGCACUGAAACUUGUUUUUUUAUAUUAUGAAAGUUAAUGUAUGUUUAUAUCUAAAUAUUGAACCUUAAAUAAAAUGCAGUAUCUAUCAGAGUCAGAUGAGAAUGUGUUAAUAAUAUUUGCUUGCUUAGAUGCAGAUGCCAAACUUCUGCUGUAUACUCUGUGUGGCUUACUGUAUGGUUUGACUAGCUAUUUAAGCAAUUCACCAUCCUUAUAUUUCAAGGCCAUUAUGAAGCUUGGCUGUGUAGCAAAUGAAUCUCUCACUAAUACACUUAUGUGAUCUUCUAGUGAGAAUAUUUUGUCAUGGUCCAUCCCUCCCAUUAGUUUGGUUAUUAGUUGAAUUGAUCCAUCACAGACCCUUUAUUCCAACUUGAUACAUAUUGUACAUACAUUCAUAAGGCCUAUGCCAAAUGCAAACUUAUUUUGGCUAUAUUUUUUUUGGCUCAGAGAAAGCAGGUGAUAUCUUGUCCCAAGGUGUGGAUGAUUUUUGCCAUGGCUUGUGCUACCACUGGCAGAUAGAUAGGUCACAUCAAACUGCUUAAACUUGUGUCUCUAAGUGGGAUCCAAAUGGCAGAGCAAAACAUUGACCCAAUAAAGGCUCAUUACACAAAGUGUCUUCAUCAGUUGUCUCCAAAACAAGUUUAAUAAUUUUGUCGCAGUGCCCUGUUGUUUCCUAAUCCUCACAAGACUCCUUUCAAGGAUUGACUAAAAGAAAAAGAGCCAUUAGAAAAGAAUAAAAAAGUGUAGUAGGGCAUUUACUGAGUUUUCAGUGGUCUUAAAAGACAAGCAGGUAGGCAACUCUCUUAUUCCCAGGACACAAUGGGAAUGCUUUGUGAAUACAAUAUGUAUGAUUUUUAUUUCUUUAUGCAGUACAAAUAAUGUAGUUUACAUGUAAUAAAACAUUGAUAGGCACAAAAGAAAGCCAUUAGUAGGCAAUGCAUUUUGGGGAAACUAAUCCUAAUGUAUAAAUAUUACUGAGAUUUAGACAGAUUAUUAAGCAGAAAUGGAGACAAGUUGCCCCACCCUAUUGAGCAAGGCCUUUAACAGAGAGUUUUAAGGAGCUAUGGAGUUAUUUUUUGGGGUCAUACUCUGUUGAUAACAACACUAGGCAGUUAAGAGAGAUGAAUAUGUCUGUAAAAAAAUAUAUAUAUACAAUACUGUACUGUAUUUACCUGUGUAUAUAUUGUAUUUACCUCGGUUUUAGGUGUUAGAAUUUUAUUUUUUGUGACUAGAACUUUUAAAUGUUGAACUUUUCAUCAAAAUAUUUGUUUAUACGAUAAAUCUAAUUGUUCUGUCCUUAGCAGUGUAUUAUCUGAUCAGUGAAUUAACAGAUAACAUUUUCUUUUGUAAACUUGGUAUGAGUUAGGUGGUGGUAUUUUUUAAUUCAUCAGGAAAAAGGAUAAGUAUUUCUUGACAUGGGUGUGUUGCUAGUAUUUUUCAAACCCGUACUAAAUUUUUCCCUUUUAAUUUGUCAGGUCCUAACCUUUUUUUUUUACCUCAUCCCUCAUUAUUAUUUUUGCUCCUAGAUAAUUAGGUUCAAAUAUGAAGUUAUCCAGCAGCACUAUGCCUUUUGAACAUUUGCAGAUGGAGGGCUUAUUGUAUAUAUUAUACAAGGGUAAAUUAAAAAAUAAAAUUGAUCAGAAAAAUCAGAUAUGUUAGAGCAUGGUGACAAGAGGCAAAAAUAUAUCAAAUAGAACUGGUUCAAGUACUAUUUUCUUGGGAAUAAGUAUGCAUGGUCAAUGAUUGAAAAUUUAAUUUUUGUUUUUUUCACAAGAUUUGAUUACUUGGAUUUUUUUUUUUGGGGGGGGGGAGAGGGGAGGAGGAGGAGGGGGUAAGAAAGGUUACAUAAUCUUUAUCAUUAAUGAAAUGCUAUGUUGAAAUAAAAUAUAAAAAAAUCCAUUUUACAUGGCAUCUGAUAAAAUUACAUUCCAGUCAAUUAAGUGACUUGUGGCAUGUUUCUAUUCUGUAUGGCAGGCACUAUAUAUAACUCCUAUGGGUUUGGCAUUUCCCUAUAAAUAUAAUAAUAAUACUUUGUGUGGCAUUGUUGAUUAUUAUUGUAAUCACAGGGAAGCACUAAACCCACAUGGGAUUAUGCAGCAUGUUAUGUAUACCAGCAUACAGUAGCUGAUCUGAGGUAAUUGUAUACAUUACAAUUUUCAUACAUACCUUUUUUGUUAAAUAAAUCACUGUUAUGACAUCUGAUGUUCAUCUGGCUGGUAUUCUAAUUAGGAAGUCAAUGGGUUGUUUGUAUUUUGAUAAAAUAAGGUUUACUUGCUAAUAUUUACAGUAAAUAUACCCGAUAAACUAUAUGUAUAUUGUAUUAAAUAAAUUGUAUUAUAUAAAUUGUAUUAUAUAAAUUAUAAGUUGAAUUAAAGUAAUAAUAAAUUAUAAUCAUAGUACUCCUGCCCUGGGUGGCAAAGGGGUGCUGUAUAUGCCCCUUUCCCUACACCUCCAUCAGUAGGUAGCAGGGUAGUGAUGUGUCUGGACAGUCAGUGUUGAAAUGAAGUGAGUAACCCAAACCCUACCCUCUCAUUUGUACCAGUUGGUGACAUUUUGAUUGAGGUCGACCUCUUCUCCAUUGUGUUGACUGAGUUCCAAAACACUGUUUAGGAUUCUUAUUAAUUUUGAUGUCAGGAUUAACCCUUAAACUGUCCAAACGUAGAUCUGUGUUCACUCGCGUAGCACUCUGAACGUAGAUCUACGUUUUAUUUUACAUUUGAAGGCACGUAAAAUAAAACGUAAAUCUACGUUGGAAGCGCUACACGAGUGAACGUAGAUCUACGUUUGGACAGUUUAAGGGUUAAGAUAGCCAUUCAUUAGUGUUUUACAGUAUUAUUAAAAUAGAUAUUGAUUACUGUCAUUAGUCCUAAACUUUUAAAUUAACUGGCUUGAAUAAAAUUUUAAUUAAAACUAA